UAAUUUUGAAAAUGAAAAAAUCCCCUUUUGGUUCCUCUUCGUCCUCACUUACUCCCUUAUAUACCUAUUCACCACAAUCAUCUCCAGUAUCGAAAAUAUUUGAUAAAAAUGUUGAUGAAAUGAUUAAAGAUAAGCAUCUAUUAAAACAUUCCUCUAUAAAUUAUGAAAGGAUUAAAGUUGUUGGAAAAGGCUCUUUUGGCAUUGCUGUGCUUUACAAAAGAAAAGAUGAUGAAUCUUUUGUUAUUUUAAAAGAAAUUAAUUUACAUGAAUUAAAUAAUUCUGAAAGACAGAUGGCCUUAAAUGAAGUUAAUUUACUUUCUCGAUUAGAUCAUCCACAUAUUAUUGCUUUUUAUGAUUCUUUUGAAGAAGAUGGAACAUUGAUGAUUGAGAUGGAAUAUGCAGAUGGAGGAACGUUAUCUCAAUUAUUGUCACAUUUAACAGAACCAUUAAUUGAAUCAGAGAUAAUUGAUAUGUUUGAACAAAUGGUUAGUGCUGUUUCUUAUUUACAUGAUCAUGAUAUCUUACACAGCAAAUAUUUUUUUAACAAAACAAAGAAUGGUUAAAGUUGGCGAUUUUGGUAUUAG